AUGUUCAAUCUCAAAUACUAUUUCAAAUAUGUUGAUAAAUCAAUUUAUAAAAUUGAAGUUUACUUGAUUAAUGAUACUAUUUGCUUCAUUAUUUAUUUAUUGAUUUACAUCUAUUAUGCUAUCAAGAAGUAUUCAAAUAGAGUUCAACUAAAUGAUCUAGAAUCAUUUGAAUCUAGAUUUUAUAUGAGAUUUUAUGAUUUAAAUGAUGUUGAUCAAAAAUCCUUAUAAAAAUUUAUUGAGUAGAGAUUUGUAAAUAGAACAAAAAUAAUUAGAAGAGAGGAACCAUCGAGAAAUCAUUAGGAAAUUGUAAUUAUUUCCUGAUAAAUUGAUUAAUUUAGAAGAUUAUGAAGAUGUUGUAAUUUGCAGAGAAGAAUUAUUAUAAGAUCAAUAAUUAGUAGGAUUGGAAUGCCAUUUGUACUCAUAUUUUUCAUAAGGAAUGA